GCUGUUGGAGUGCUUUUCCUUCAGCAGCUGGAAGUGCAAGCACUGAGCCUGCCAAACAGUGAGGGCAGAGGCUGCAGCCGGGGGUGGUGGUGGCACAUCCUGAAGCUUGCUCUUGGGCUGGGCUCCUCCUGGUGCUGGUGGCUGCGUGAGGCACCGAAACGCGGGUCUGGUUCUUUGUGCACUGCUCUUUUUAAAGGCUGAGAUGUAAUUGGGCCGUGUUCAGCUGAGAGAUUUGUCCGUUGAGUCAUGCAGAGCCGCAUCAUAAGCUAAGGGCCGGGAGGAGGAAGGAAAGAAUUUGGUGUGCGUUUCAGGCUUCUCUGCAGCACUGGAGAUCAGUCAGAAAGCUGAGGACAGCAUGCCGUGACAGCAGUGAUCAGCCAGCAGCGCUGUAAGCAUCAGGGGUCAGUAGCAUCCAGCCAGCUGGAACGUCUCUCUUCUGAAAGGUAACAGGCUCUUGGCAACCGUGCAAGAAGGUGGAUUAUUUUUAAAGCAAUGAGCAUGCGUCCCUAGUCAUGAUUUGUGGUUCAGUCCGGCUGGAGCUGUCUGAAUGAAGCUAUGGGCUGUGCGUCAGCCAAGCAUGUUUCUACUGUUCAAAACGAAGAGGAAACUCAGAAGGGGAAAAACUAUCAGAACGGCGAUGUGUUUGGUGAUGAGUAUAGGAUCAAACCAGUGGAAGAGGUCAAAUACAUGAAAAAUGGGGGAGAAGAUGAUCAGAAAAUAGCAGCCAGGAACCAAGAAAACUUGGAAAAAAGUGCCAGUUCAAAUGUAAGACUUAAAUCUAAUAAAGAGAUCCCGGGAUUAGUACAUCAACCCAGAGCAAACAUGCACAUCUCUGAAAGCCAACAAGAGUUCUUCAGAAUGCUUGAUGAAAAAAUUGAAAAGGGUCGUGACUAUUGUUCAGAAGAGGAGGAUGUCACAUAGUGCCAAUUCUGCCAAUCAAACCAGGAGUACUACUGUGUAAAUAGAUUACAACCCAGUUGAGACCUUUUGGAAGUCUUCUAGAGCGAACAGCACUACAUAACAGAAGAUCAUUUCCACAUUAUAUGCUCCAUUCAGUUACAGUGUUUCUUAAUGAACAGAUGAGGAAUAUUGCUCAUAAGAACUCAUAAGGAACUAUUUUCGUUGCUGCUAGUUAAAACUUGUUGCAACUUUUCACUUUCUCUGUGUCCAGAUACGCAGCAAAUCCUUAAAAGUUAAUCCGAAAGACGGUGUUGAUUUUACGAAGGCCUCGGGCCUGUUUUCUAUCAGAUUGAGGUAGUGUUGCACACAGCUUCCAUAAGUGAACAUUCAAGCAUCUGAGAAACACCCUUACGCUGUCUGUCAGUCCGCGUGCGGCCGGAGUGCUUAUUCAUGCUGGUGAUUUCAAGCUUUGGAGAUGGGAUGUUUUGCCAUGGCAGGCCUUGUUUCUCUGCUGAGAAGAAGCUGAGAAACUGUUGUCCAUUAAAAGCAUGUUAUCACUGAAAUGCUGGAAGUGAUGCAGGAGCAGGAAUUUGUAUUUUAAGAGGAAAAGAGUUUCAUUUAAUAGGUAUCUUAAUCAAGGACUAAGCUUGCAGUAUUGGCUUCGCUGAGCACGAAUGGGAGUGUGAUCACAAUCAUUUUGAAUCUCUUUUUUUCUAAGAAAAUAAACAUUUUACUGUUUUUAUGUA